UAUAGAUUCCCAAUUCAAAACGACUCCUCUUCUUCACAUUAUUUCAUUACACAGAACAAUAAAACGCUGUCGUUUUACCCUUUCACACAGAGAAUCAGAUCAGAGGAGAGAGAGAGAGAGAGAAAGCUAUGGCUUCCUUCGACGCCUACGGUCUCGACGGCGACGAUCUCAACUCCUCCGACCGCCAUUUCGAUGACAACGACGUCGUCGUAGUCGACGAUUUCUCAGCCUACGAUUCAUUCUCUUCCUCAACUUUUCCCGCCGAUCAACACCAAUCCGAUGAUUAUGUUGCUGUAGAUCACUCCACCGCCGCUACUUCUCCCUUCGGAUUCGAAGAUCCGAACCCGAACUAUUCAGAUUCGUCUCCUUUUGGUUCUGUUCACGUUGAGAAUGGGAACGGGAAUGGAAAUAAUGGAAACGGAAGUCUGUUUGAGUCUUAUGGCGUUGGUGAGGAUGGAAUUGGUAAUGGUGAUGGAGUGUUCUCGACGCUUGAUGGUCCUGUUCUUCCGCCUCCGACAGAGAUGGAGCCUGAGGAAGGUUACGCUCUUCGUGAAUGGAGACGUAAAAACGCGAUUCUACUCGAGGAGAAGGAGAAUAGGGAAAAGGAAAUGAGAAACAAAAUCCUCGAAGAAGCUGAAGAAUUCAUAAUAUCUUUCUACGAGAAAAGGAAGCUUAACGUCGAAACUAACAAAACCAACAACCGAGAAAAGGAGAAGUUAUUCUUGGCUAAUCAAGAGAAUUUCCACAAAAGUGCUGACAAGCAAUAUUGGAAAGCAAUAGCCGAGCUUAUUCCUCACGAGGUUCCAAACAUCGAGAAGAAGAGAAGCAAGAAAGAUCAAGACAAGAGACCCUCGAUCACAAUCGUCCAAGGUCCAAAACCCGGGAAACCAACCGAUCUUUCACGAAUGAGACAAAUACUCGUGAAGCUGAAACACACACCCCCACCUCACAUGAUUCCACCCCCACCUCCUCCGGCCAAAGACCCCAAAGACACCAAAGAUGGAAAAACAGGUAAAACCAUAUCGGUUGCUGCAAAAGACGCCAAGGAUGGUAAAACCGACGCCAAAGUUAUCGCCUCUAAAGACGAAGAAGAAGAAAAAGCACCAACAACAACAACAAAUGAUCAGCCUGCUAUUAUAUAAUAACAAAAAAUUGUUCUCUCUAUGUUCUCAUAAUGUGUUUUGUUAAUUGGUUUUUUUUUUUUCUUCUUACUAUUUUAUGGUAAUCUUUUGGAUUCCAUUAAGAGGGUUUUUAGUUUUGAAUACCCUUUUUGAUUUUAUUACACAUUGGGGUUUUGGUAUGGUUUUUUAUAUUUUGAGAAUGUGAAAUUGUUAUAUUUUUUUUAAAAAAAAUGAUGAAUCAAUUUAAUUUUGGGACCAACUUUGAUUAUUUUAUAAGAUACUAGUUGGGUCUAACGUGCUUCGCACGUGAGCCCAUAGUUCAAAUAUUUUUUC